AUGUCGCUACUAGACAAGCGAAAAGCUUCGGCAGCGGUAGCGAGCCCUUCCAGCUCAACUGCUGCUGCUUCCGGCUCAUCAUCAAAGCGUGUUCGCAUCGACGAGCCGCCCCGGCGUCAACGCAGACGUCAAGAUACCGACUAUUUCCAUGGCGACCCUGAGCUCGAAGAGGAGGAACGACGUCGGAUACGCAGAGAUCAGAAGACUGGACGCAUCGAUGAUCGCGGCGAGGACCUUUCAGAGUCUGACGAAUCCGAUGGCAACGGUGCUGAUCUAUUCAACGCCGACGAGGACGACUCCGACGCAGAGGCAGAUGCAGGAUCACAUCGGCGAAGAGCAGAAAGGAAGCGCAGGCCCGAUGCUGCAGGUGCAGGCGGCGACGAUGACGAUGAAGAUAUGUUCGAUAUAGCAGAUGAUGACGAUGCGCCAGCAAAGAGCAAGGGUAAGCAAAAGGGCAGAGCAAAGGACAAGUAUCUCAAGCUGGGCCAGUUGGAAGAAGGCCAAGAUUUUGGGUCAAAGACUCGCUCUGGUGUCGAUGCCGCCGAUGACGAUGCAGAACUGCUCAAAGGUGCUGGAGAUGACGACGAUGAUCUCGAUCCAGAUCUCGAGUUAGAAGACGAAGAUCAAGAAGAUGAUGACGACCAAGAGGACCAAGAUGCAGACCAGCAGAACUGCCUUGUCGACCUCAACGCCUACGCCGAGCGUUCGCCUCCAUCACCCGGUCGCAGCACCACUCGCAAAUCGAAAUCAAAAAAGAACAAGCUCAAAGCGCCCAAAGUCACCGGCUUCAACAUGAAAGAAGAGAUGCGCACUGGCAAAUUCGACGCAGACGGCAACUAUCACGAGAAUCAACGCGAUCCUCACGCCCAACACGAUGCCUGGCUAACCGGAGUUUACUCAAAGUCCAAGAUCCUCGAAGCUCGCAAAGCGCAACAAAAGCGAGAUCAGGAAGCAAAAGAGAAGGAGCAAGCUGCGCAGCAAGCCGAUGGAGACGAAGAUGAAGUCAAACAGAGGUUAGUCGAGUUCAUGCAUCGUCAAGAGAGCGUUCAGCGAACUUUGCAAAGAUUAGGCAAGAUUCUCUCGGAGAAGAAGAAAGCUGCAAAGGCAAGCAGAGCACCAGAAGACGAGGCAGAAGCGAAAAAGGCAGCUUCCGAUGUAGAGACCGUCACGCAUCUCUCUUCUGUGCUCAUGUCCCGGUUCGGGAGGUUGGACAUCUAUGAACAGACCUACGAACAACUUUUGCGUGAUGUACACAAAUCUGGGCUUGUCAGACAGACCUUUGACCCUGCGGCAAAGUUCGACCCUCCUGCACCCAAACUAGCACCUGCGACCACUGCAACUUCAACCACAAACUCGACCGAGUCUGCCACCGCUACCAAUAACGGAGAUUCAGAAGGUGGCGAAUGGGAAUACCGCUGGACACCAUCCUACCUCGCAACCUCAGCACGCGAAUCAGGCACACCCGUCGAUCCCGAAAUCCAGACAUUCGGUCCUUUCACACUCGCCGAUAUCAUAAGCUGGGCUGAACAAGGCUACUUCGGCAACAACGGCGAACGAAUUCUACUGAGAUUGAACGGGUCAAAAGAUGCGUGGAUGACGUAUGGCAAGGUUGUUGCUGCCAACUCGACAUGA